AUGGAGGACACUGAAGACGAGGAAGAGAUCAUUGCGGAGGGCUUGGUGUUGCUCGAGCUGCCACGGCCCCGAGCACCGCUGACAAUUCGAGCGAAGCUCAAGUGCCACCGGGAGCUCAACAUGCUGCUGGCAGAGAGCCAAUUUGAAGCCUGUUACCGGAUGCCAGCCGCUGCCUUCGUGCGACUCGAGGCCUUGACCGCCCCAUUGCUGCUUCGCUCGCCUCAUGCCUGGAUGCAUGGCAUCCGACGCAUCGCGGGUGUAAGCAAGGCAUCUUUCUAUCGCAUUGUGUGGCUGGUCGUCGACGCAAUUAACGCCGCCGAGGAGUUGCGCCUAGAGUUCCCGCGCUCGCCUACCUCACGCGAAGCAGCAGCAGCAGCUUUCAAGACGUUAAGUGCUCAAGGUGUCUUCUCAGGCUGCGUGGGCUGCUUAGACGGUUGGCUUUGCUCGACCAGAGCACCGCGGCUGACGGAGACUGACGGCGUCGGACCGCAGCGCUAUUGUAGCGGCCACUAUCGCUGCUAUGGAGUAAAUGUCCAGGCAUGCUGCGACUAUCGCUGUCGUUUCACCUACAUCAACGUAUCGCAACCUGGUAGUUGCAACGACAGCAGAGCCUUCCAACAGAGCGCGCUGCACGGUGUGCUCGACGAGAUGGAGAGCGGCUUCUACCUACUAGGCGACAAUGCCUACGUGUCUGAGGAUCCGAAUUGA